CCUGGCGGCAAGGGCCAGAGGGGCAGCCGCCGCCGCCCAGAGCUGACCAGACAGCCCAGCAGCGCCCCGAGCAAGCGGGCAGCCCCCCGGGAACCGAUGGGGCUGGAACGCAACGGGCCCUACGCGCAGGGGCUGGGGAAGUCGGGGGGCAGCCCCCGGGGCUGCUGGUACUACCUGCGCUACUUCUUCCUCUUCGUCUCGCUCAUCCAGCUCCUCAUCAUCCUCGGCCUGGUCCUCUUCAUGGUCUACGGCAACGCGCACGUGGGCACCGAGUCCAGCCUGCAGGCUACCGAGCGCCGGGCCGAGAGCCUCUACGGCCAGGUCGUGGGGCUCUCAGCCUCCCAGACCAACCUGACCAAGGAGCUCAACCUCACUGCCCGCGCCAAGGAGGCCAUCAUGCAGAUGCUGCUUGGCGCCCGCCGCGACCUGGACCGCAUCAACGCCAGCUUCCGCCAGUGCCAGGGCGACCGGGUGAUCUAUCAGAACAACCAGCGGUUCAUGGCCGCCAUCAUUUUGAGCGAGAAGCAAUGCCAACAGCAACUCAAGGAGACCAACAAGAGCUGUGACACCAUGCUUCUCUUGCUGGGCCAGAAGGCCAAGACGCUGGAGCUGGAGCUGGCAAAGGAGAAGGCAACCUGCGCCAAAGACAAGGAAACCCUGGCGCUGAGCAAGCACGUGGCAGGGGAGCAGCUGGCAGAGUGCGGGAAGACGCGGGAGCAGCAGCGUCAGGAGCGGCAGCUGGCCGAGGACCGGCUGCAGAAGGUGCAAGCCCUCUGCCUGCCCCUGGACAAGGAGAAGAUCGAGUCGGACCUGCGGAACCUCUGGAGGGAUUCCAUCAUCCCGCGUACCCUGGACGCCCUGAGUUACAGCCCCUACCACCCACUGGGCGCGGACGUGGCCUCUGUCCGGAGAAGCUGCGACCACAUGCCCACUCUCAUGAGCACCAAGGUGGAGGAGCUGGCACGGAGCCUCCGGGCGGGCAUCGAGCGCGUGGCCCGCGAGAACUCGGACCUCCAGCGCCAGAAGCUGGAGGCUGAGCAGGGUCUGCGGUCCAGCCAGGAGGCCAGGGAGAAGGCGGAGAAGGAGGCCCAGGGCCGGGAAGCCAAGCUCCAGGGAGAAUGUGCCCGGCAGACCCAGCUGGCUCUGGAGGAGAAGGCGGCCCUGCGGAAGGAGCGGGACAACCUGGCCAAAGAGCUGGAGGACAGGAAGAGGGAGGUGGAACAUCUCAAGAUGCAGCUGGCCGUCAGCAACUCGGCCCUGGACACCUGCAUCAGGGCCAAGUCGCAGCCGUUGCCCUUGCCGAGACCCGUGGGCCCUGCCCCCAACCCACCACCCAUCGACCCAGCCAGCCUGGAGGAAUUCAAGAGGAGGAUCCUGGAGUCCCAGCAUCUCCCUGCAAGCAACGUAGCAGUGUCCCCGCUCAGUGGCUGAGGAGGCUCCGGACCCCAAGGACUGAGGGGUGCUUCCGAUCUGCCCAGCUGCAGACAUGGCCCCCCAGGAUGCUCAGAGUGCCCCCCACACCCCCUCCUGCCAUUUUGGUCCUCGAGGCAGGGACCCCGAUAGACCUCACACACACACACACACACACACACAAAAGUGGGCGACGGCACUGCGCACUCACUGUCCCCCGCACGCACCCCCACACCCCUAAUACUCUCUCCCUCACAUCCCUUCCCCACCCCCUUCUCACUUCCUUAUCUCCCGCCGCGCCUGGGGAAGUGAGAACAGGAAGACAUUCACCUCCGUCCGGCUUUGAGAGUUUCCAGGCCCCCCUGGCCAGGAAGUGCCCUGUCUGGAGAUACGGGGAGACCACUGACCCCCUGAUAUCACAGGAACCCCUGUUCCUCCCCCGUGCCCCACCUGCCUGAGCCCGUAUAAAUAUUAGCAGCACUUAAUAAAUUUUAGCAAAUUUAUUGUC